GCGCCGGGAAAAACACGCGUGUGACAGAUGGAGGAAGAUGUCACAAAGAGAGGAAACGAAAAACCUUACAUGUGAUGACUGAUUCGUUUUAGACUUUUAAAUCACACGUGAUGUUUUGCUGAGCUGGCUUUUUGUUCGUGUUUUUCAAAGGUUGCAUGGAAACAGCAGGCGGCUGGUUAGAGUACGGCGGGGUUCGUAAAGAGCGCUUCUCAGCUUUGUCGCGAUGACGUCUGCGCCUGUCAGAGGACAUCAAGGAGCAUGCUCAGUGUCACGAGAGAUUUGAUGACAUCAUCAUCCAGGAGCGAGGUGAUGGCAGAGAUCCAGCAGAGCCGACGGGACAUAUUUCAUGGUCGCCAUGUCGGAGCACAAGCAGCUAGUUAGCAAGUUAGCCUCUGUGCCAGAGCCAGAGAGACGGGGAGCACCACCCUAGAGCCAGGCGGAGGCCAGGAUGCUGGCAGAUCGGGCUGCUCUCAGAAGAAUGGUCCAGUGGAAAGCAGCGGGGGUGACAAACAGCCGGACACAGCAGCAGUGUGCUCCGUGGGACCGGUGCGGUGGAGACAAGCGCUUCCGUUUGCCCUCUCUCAGCUCACUCAUGUCUGGGGGACUAGAAGCCCGCUUCUCCGGGGAUGACGUGUUUGUGAGCCGCUUCCCAGUGCACCGCGCCUGCCGGGAUGGAGAUGUUGGGGCUCUGGUCCUUCUGUUACAGCAGCUGUCAAACCACAUCCAUCUAACUGCCGAGGACUCCUUCUAUGGAUGGACUCCCAUUCACUGGGCUGCUCACUAUGGACAGCUGGAGUGCGUGAUGCACCUGGUGGAGAUGGGCUGCGAGGUGAACAGGGUGACCAGCCGAUUCAAUCAGACUCCAACACACACUGCAGCAUUCGGAGGACAUCCUCACUGCGUGGUGUGGCUCACUCAGGCUGGGGCUGACGUCAACAAGCAGGACUUUGUUGGUGAGGCUCCCAUUCAUAAGGCAGCUCGGUCAGGUAGCUUGGAGUGUAUCCAGGUCCUUUUGAUAGCAGGCGCUAAACCGCAUUUAGAGAAUGCAAGCGGGCAGACGGCAGCAGACCUGGCCCACGCUCAAGGCUUCCACGACUGUUUCUGCUUCAUCUCCAACGCCCAGAAGCACCUGCAGCAGCGUAACGAGGGCAACGUAGUGCAGAAUGGAGGCGGCGCCCCCUGUGGUCUGGGCGCGCUCAGCAGAAAGAGGCAGCUAGCCGCCCUGGACGCGGGCCACCUGAAAAAAGCCAAAAGGGCUGAUGGUAUGCUGGUGCAGAGCAGCGCGCUCGAGGAGCUGGAAGCCAUGAGCCUGGAGCUCAGCGCAGAUUUCAACAACGGGCAUCUCCACGCUGCGCCUCCUCCGCUCUCUCCAAACUCUCACUCUCCGCCACGUUGUCGGCGGGCUUCAGCCGAGAUGUGCGGCUCGCUGCACCUGAGCAGCAGCCCGGGCGGCUGCGUCUCCAACUGGCCCGCGUGCCUGGGGCCAACCGGGGUGGACUGUGGGGAUUUCUUGCAUUAUGGACACUACCAUGGCUUUGGCGACACGGCCGAGGAGCUGAGUGACAGCAGCUGCAUCCGGGCGGAGCAUCCAUCCAAGCAGGCUGUGGAUGGCAGCAUCCACCUAUACCACGGCUCAUAAACCGGAGGCUUCGUCUGCAGGCAGAUGUGCUUCCACUAAACUUUAAAGGAUUACUCUGGCGAUGAGAAGUAAUCCUCCUGUGCCCACAGCCAGGACGAGUCAGGCUCACACUGACUCAGCUGGGUGGUGAAAAAGCUGCUUCCAAAAAUAAUCUUCAGGGAUGGAUUUCUGUGACAUCACACUGUAGGGCAACACUAUUCUCAUAACUCGAGUUAACUUGGUUCUCUUGGUUUAAUCAGCAGCGUCUCUGCAGCCCUGUCCUCACAGUGGCCUUUCAACCACGGACAGCUGGUGGGAAUACUUCACUCGUCUUUGUGCUACGCUGGUUCAGAGCAUUAGCAGUAGCACGGUGCUGUGUGGGUGUGGAACUCGUCCCGUCUGCUGGGGCCUUCGUUAACCGAGGUGUUUACUGCUCUGGGCUCAGGAGUGACCUCCUGCUCACCGUGUUACCUCAGGAGUGUCGCUGAACUGCACUGCGGCUGAAAACUGUUUUCGAUCUCACUGUAAUUUCAUGAGGCUUAAACCAGUUCUUGUGUUUUGUACGACGGUUGUAGAGGCGCCGUUUUUCUGAACACUGUCACACACGACCUUACACUGACCUGCAUUUGUACUCAAUAAAACCUGUUUUACAUAUAAAA